CUUUCGUAUACUAAUCUGGCCAACUCUGAAAAUGGCGACCUGCAUGACACUGUCACUGAGAAGUCGAGUCGGCCUUGGAACGCUGACGAAAACUAGUAAAAUUUUAAAUUUUCAGCCUGUCAGAUACCGCUGGAAACCUCCAGAUAGAGACGCCGAAAUCCUACCAUCCUUUGCCGAACGCUUAGCAUCCUGGAAAACAAGGUAUCAACACCCAGCAAGCUAUGGCAUCAACAUAGGUUUACCUUUGAGAGACAAUUACCAAGGCAAACAGCUUGAGUUGACCAGGCAAUGGAUGAAACAGAAAGCGCCAUUAGAAUUGUUGGCACUACGCAGAGAAUUGAAUGUUGACCUAGAGAAAGUGAAGGAAGAAUGGUUUAAAGAAAGCAUGCCAACGCAGGUGAAAAAGGUGGCAGAGCACUAUGGAAUUUUCCAAGACCUUUUUGAUGGUGCUCAUUUUUAUCCAGUGGUUCCCCUUGAUAUUUGGUUUGAUUACGACGAGGAGUUUAUCACCCCGGUCAGAUAUGGAAAUCACGUUGAAGCUACAGAGGCAGCCAUCCAACCUUCUGUCUUCUAUGAAGCUGAUGAUGACAGUUACUGGACACUGGUACUGACCAGUCCAGAUGGGAAUCUGGCAGACAGCAAGCAGGAGUUGUUACACUGGUUCAUUGGUAAUAUACCAGGUAAAAAUGUGGAUCAAGGGGAAGUAAUAUGUGACUACUUGCAGCCCUUCCCACCCAAAGGUGUUGGUUUCUUAAGAUACGUUUUCGUAUUAUACAAGCAAAAAGGGAAAAUUGACUUCAAGGAUUUACAGAGAUCUAAGAAUUGUGUUUCUCUACGUGAGCGGAGUUUCAACACUUUGGAGUUCUAUCGCAACCACGAAAACCAUCUGACACCUGCUGGACUGUCUUUCUUCCAGAGUGAGUGGGACAAGUCAGUCAAGUCUGUGUUCCACAAUGUCUUAGAUAUGAAGGAGCCAGUAUUUGAGUUCAUCCAUCCACCUGUUUAUGCACCUGAACAAAAAGAUUACCCACACAAGGAGCCCUUUAAUCUCUACCUUGACCUUUACCGUGAUGUCAAGGAUCUACAAGAGGAAGUACUAAAGGAGAAACUGAAGGGCGUUGACCCCACAAAGCCACCCCAGCCCCGCCCCCAGUACCCCAAUGUUGAUAUGUUACCCAAGACAACACCGAGCUGGCUAAGGGCCAAAGUCCAAAACAUGAGGCUAGGGAAGCAACAUUGGAGGGCCAUGUACAGAGAUUAGCUGGACACCAGACUAUUAAAUAAAUUUUACCACUGUA